UGCAAUCAGAACACUACAUGGUCACCAUCUUUUCAGGACUUAGUCUUUUCUCUAUUACCUGCUCCAUGUCAAUACUCCAGACAUGAAGCAUCUGUUUGCACUGCUCUCAGUGUCGUUGGCCGUGGCGGCCUCUUGUCCUGAUGGGGAAUUUAACUGCACAUCUGGAGAAUGUCUUCCAUCCCGACUUAAGAAAGACUGUAAAGAUGGUUCAGAUGAACAUUUUUGUGGUUCAUGUGACUUUGAAGAUCAUUCUUGUGGUUGGAAAGAUGCCAGCAGUGCCUCCUAUAGAUGGAGGUGGCAGAGAGCAAACAUCACCUCUGGACAGGAUCACACAUUAGGAAGCCCUUGGGGACAUGUCAUGCAUAUAGAUGGAAAACAAAACGGUGCUUUGCUUCAGAAAGCAAAUUUAGAGUUUUAUGUUGAACACCUGGUUGCUCUGGGAUGCCAAAUGAGAUUUUGGUAUCAUCUUAAUGGCACAUCAUCAUUAUCGUCAGACUUGGAAGUUAGAAUGGUCAGAGAUACAACCUCUAAAGUACUGCUGAAGAUUUCGAAGAGCAAAACAAAUGGCUGGGAGAAUGCGACGGCUUUCAUUGGUAAUCAACCAGAAGGAUACAAGCUGCAGUUUUCACACAGCCCUUCAUUUAUGGGACCCACGGAUGUGAUGGUGGAUGAUAUCACCUUUGAGUACUGUGGAAAUGAAGACAUUCCAGAUGGAUCCGAUCGCCUCUCGUGUGAUUUUGAAAAGGAUACCUGUUCAUGGUACCAUGAUUACACAGCCAGCCUUAUGUGGAAAAGGAGCAAUGGCUUAUAUGAAGACAUAACUGGUAAUGGCUAUUUUAUGUUGAUUAAAGCUGCUCACAACCUGAAUUCAGCGUCAAAAGCCAGACUUGCGAGCCUCCCUCAACCUGCUGGCCAAGUCAUAUGCGUGAGCUUCUGGUACCACAUAUUUGGAAACAGCAUUGGUUCAUUGAAGUUUAUUGCAAAGCGUUCCGAUGAACCAGAGACGGUUGUGUGGAUGAGAAGUGGCACGCAGGGAAAUAAGUGGCGGUUUGCAGAUCUUACCUUCAACAGUGACAAACCAAUACAGUUCAUCAUAGAAGCCGUGCCGGGCAGCAAUCGUGGGAGUAUAGCCAUCGAUGACAUAGUGGUGUCCAGCAGUCCAACUGGUGCCUGUCCGCCUGAGAGGGAGUGCACUUUCCAGGGCUCCCUCUGUGGCCUUGAGCCCAAACCCACUGCGAACUUCGGCUGGAACCGCGUUACUGGGAUAUCUCAGCCAUCCAACUCUUCUGGCCCAGCAACAGAUCACACUCUGGGGACAGAGCAAGGUUAUUACCUGAGUGCUGAGUUAUGGAGGCACCCUGUUGGGUCCAGAGGUGCUAUGAUGACGACAGCAAUGGAGCCCACUCCUUCCAAUGGGGAAUGCCUAAUAUUCUGGUACUACAUGGAGGGAGACAGAGUGGGUGAGCUCAGUGUUUACCUACAGCCAGCAGACAGCCUCAACAACUCCACUGAACUGUGGAGCAGAACAGGAGACCAAGGCACACACUGGAGGCACGGAAGAGUGACGCUUUUAAGCCCCGAUGACAGAUAUCAGGUGAUUUUUGAGGCAGAAGUGGGGGAUGGACAGAGGAGAGACAUAGCUAUUGAUGACCUCACUGUCCUGAAUGGCGAAUGUCCCCCAACAGGCUUUUGUGACUUUGAGAUGGACUUCUGUGGUUGGGUGAACACCCGUCCGGCCCAGAAUGGAGUUGACUGGGACUGGCUCUCAGGUGAAAGUGAGGGUACUUUCAUUCCAAGAAGAGACCACACAACAAAUACUGCUUUAGGUCAUUUUGUAAUUUUUAUCCAAAAUGGAAAUUACGACACAAACAUUGCGCAGCUUCAAAGUGAGACUAUGGAGGCUGUGGACCAAGCUUGCCUGGAGAUCUGGCACUUUUCUCAAGGAUGGCUUGUGAAUAAGCCAUCCGACAUCACACUAACAGUGCUCAUAAAUGAUACUGCCGGGCUGCGCCCUGUAUGGAGUACGAUGGGUUAUACAAAUAGUACAUGGAUCCUGGACAGAGUGGAUUACAAUGCUUCAGGUCCUCACCAGAUUAUCUUAGAAGCCACAAGUCCACCCUCAGGAGAUGGGAGUUUUGCUCUAGAUGAUGUCCACAUCAUCAGGGGCAGGUCUUGUGAUGACGUUAAUCCAAACACCACACCAAACCCUCCCACCACAACCACAGCUGCUCCAUCCAAUGCCAUGGACUGCUCCUUUGAAGAAGGUCUGUGCAACUGGGACCAGGAGGUCAGCAAUGUCCUGAACUGGACCCUCAGUAGUGGAGUUCAAGUAGACGGACCAUGGGAUGGGCCGCUGUAUGAUCAUACUGUGGGGAAUAAUCAUGGCUACUUUUUACUUCUAAAUGGAUCUGGAUCUGAGGAUAAUGAGACAGCAGUCAUCUCUGUUCCUGCCCACAAUUCUUUAUCACAAAGCUGCAUUGAAUUUUGGUAUUACAUGUUGGGGCCUUCAGUGGCCACACUAGAUCUGCUUGUUCGAACCAAUUCUUCUGAAGUUUUGGUCUGGACUCGUAAGAGGACACAAAAUUCAGACUGGAUGAGAGCACAAGUAUCUACCACCAUGAAUAACACCCUACAGGGUUUCAUGGCUAUCGAUGACGUUAAAGUGAAGGACGGAGCGUGCAACGAUCAGAACCUGUGUGGAUUUGACUCAGACUCCUGUGGCUUUGAGAACAGUGUCAAUGUUUUGGGUCGCUGGGAGCGCAGAAAGGGAACAAAGCACCACGUGGAUCACACCUAUGGAACUGAAAAUGGUUUUUACAUGACUGUGAGGACCUCCAAUUCCACACAGCCUGACGUAGCUGAGCUGCUCACCCCAGAGUUCCCCACAGCUGCAGAGAUGUACUGGUUACCCACAGAUUUGGGAACCAUCCUUUCUAUUCAUGUGCUGAGAAGUGGGGAGCUGGGUGAUGCGCUCUGGCAGCGACCUGCGUCCGUCUCCACAGGCUGGGUGGUGGCCGAGGUCACUGUGUCCUCACCUGCAAAAUUCUAUGUCGUGUUUAAGGCCACCCAUGUGCCCGGCGCAAAUGAUACAGUGAAAAUAGAUGAUAUCUCUGUGAGGAAUGGGGCCUGCGGUCCUGCAGGGAGCUGUGACUUUGAGUCAGGACAGUGCACCUGGGUCAACAUCCGGAGAGAAGAUGGUCACGAGUUCGUCUUGACCAGUGGAGAAUCCCACGGUCCACCAACAGACCACACUACUGAGACUCCAGAGGGUUGGUUCUUGCUGAGCUCAUCCCCUCACCAGAAUCGCCGCAGUGUAGCACAAGUAGUGUCUGAAUGGAUCCAGUUGAAAGACACCUCCUGUCUCACCCUUUGGUACCACAUGGACAACAGUGCCUCCGGGACACUGCGGGUCUUCAUGCGCUCAGGCCCAUCAAAGAUGGACCUGUUGUUCCACAGUAAUAGCAGUGGGAGCAGCUGGAGCAGGUUAUCUCAGUCUGUAGACACAUCCGAACCUUUCCAACUGUUGAUCGAGGCAGAGUCUAAUGAAACGGGAUUUAUCGCCAUCGACGACAUCAGUCUCACAUCAGGUCGUUGCCAAGCAAAUGAAACAAGUUCUGGGUUUUCGGGGUGUUCAUUUGAAGAUGGCACCUGUGACUGGGAAGACAUUAGCGUUGGCCAGUAUCAGUGGGUCAGAAGGAAUGCUUCUGAAAACACCGGCCCCUCUGUGGACAGCACACUGGGCACUGAGCUCGGCUGGUACAUGACAGUGGAGGCUGAUCGAGGGGAACACAUAAGCCCUGCUGCUCUGCAGAGUCCCAUCAUGACACAGGCCAGCACCUCUUGCACACUACACUUCUUCUACAAUAUCGCCGGAGAAGACUCGCAGCUGAGCGUGGUGCUGAAGGAAGGCUCCAGGACCACCACUCUGUGGUGGUUAUCUGGUUACCAGGGAGAUCUGUGGCAGCACGGUGAGGUCACAGUUGGCCGAAACCCGCAUGACUUCACCGUCCUGUUUGAAGCCUCCAGGAACUUUGACCGCCCUGGGCAUGUUGCUGUUGAUGAUGUUGGCUUCACAAACUGCUCCCUGCCUGAGCCCCAGCCGUGGUGUCCUGAGAGUAUGUUCAAGUGCAAAAACAGCGUGUGUGUCGACCCCAACCAAGUCUGUGAUUUCAGUGAUGACUGUGGGGACUGGUCUGAUGAACAGGACUGUGAUAAACAUGGUGUGGAGGAACGCUGCAACUUUGAACAUGGCCUCUGUUUCUGGGAGGAGAGUGAUGUUGACAUACUCGGAGCUAAGUGGACUCAACACAAAGGACAGGAAGCCUGGCCCGACCACGGGCCUCCCCGGGAUCACACCCUGAACUCUGCCGCUGGUCACUAUGUUACACCUGCUCAGCUGAAAGUGAAAGGCCAAAACUCGGAGAUGCUCUCCAAAACAUUGCUCCCAAGCUCCAACUGCACUGUAAGAUUCUUUUACUUCAGCAUGGACGAUGCUGCAGCCACACUAACAGCACUGUCCAGGACGCUGACGUCUGGUAGUAACGACAGACAGUUGUGGCUCAGGGAACCAUCACAGAGCUACAACUGGCAGAGAGCAGAGGUCACAUUCUCCUCCUCAGCUAACAGCAAGGUUGUCUUUAGACAUGUGCUUGGGGACGCUCAAAUGGGUCUGGUUGCAAUGGAUGACAUCUCUUUCUCCAAAGAGUGUGUUUUUGACCCAGACAACAACAAACUUCCCGACAUAUCACCCACUUCUGCCCCUUCAACACCAUCUGCCUCCACUCCGCCCAUCGGCUCCUGCCAGGAUGGUGAAUUUUUCUGCUGGCAGUCAUCUGGUAACAUCUGCAUUGCGUCCACGUUGCAGUGUGACUAUCAUCCACACUGUCCGCAAGGGGAGGACGAGGCUGGUUGUGGUCCGUGCACUUUUGAGAGUGAUCAGUGCCAGUGGAAGGACACGAGCGACGGACAAAGCAUGUGGCAAAGACAGAGAGCUAGCAACAACACUGAACCGCCUACAGAUCACACAACACACACUGGCUUCUACAUGAGAGUGAAUGUCAGUCAUGAGUCCACACUCACUGAAGCCAAACUCCAAAGUCCCCCGCUCCCCCCUUCUUCCCCCUACUGCCAGAUUCUGUUUCACUUCCACAUCAGCUCAGAGAGUACUGGGUCACUCAGAGUGCUUAUGCAGCAAGCUGAAGGCAGUGAAGCAAUCCUGUGGUCACGCAGUCACAACACCGUCUCCCCCUGGACCCGAGAGCAUCUGCCCGUAGGCCUGCACCAGCAGCCUUACAAGAUUUGGUUCAGUAGCUUACACAAAGGAACGGAGACUCCAGGUGCUGGAAAGCAUGCUGUCAGCGUGGAUGACAUCUCCUUUCUUAACUGUGAAAAAUCCUACCAGCCACCAGCACUGUCGUCCUUUAGCUGUACCUUCGAGGAGGGUCUGUGUGUUUGGGUAAAGGGAGCUGAAGAUGAGCUGGACUGGGUCAGCAGGACUGGCCCAACUGAAACCCCCAACACCGGGCCUGCAGGAGACCACACAACGGGUGAAGGGAAAUACCUUUACAUCGAGAGUUCUCCUAAGAGCCUGAAGGGAAAAACGGCCCAGCUUAAGUCAUCACUGCUGCCACCUGCUGAUGAAAAGGGAUACUGUUUUACUUUUUGGUACCACAUGUUUGGGGCUACUGUUGGCUCUUUGAGGAUGAUUCUACAAACAACUGAUCCUCUGGAGAGAACACUGGUUUGGCAAAAAACUGGAAACCAGGGAGAUGAGUGGCUGUUAGUUCAGAGCCACGUGACCUUGCAGAGAGUCCACCAAGUGAUCCUGGAAGCAACAGUUGGUGGAGAGGCUGGCGACAUAGCAAUCGAUGACAUCUCCCUUGUUCAUGGAGCUUGCCCAGCCUCUGAUUUGUGUGACUUUGAGGAGAGCAGCUGUAACUGGCAGCAGAUGACAAGCGAUAACUUUGAUUGGGUGAGGCAUUCAGGCCACACUGCCAACCCCAACACGGGACCAGACGGCGACCACACCACCAACACAGCCAUGGGUCAUUACUAUUACCUGCCCUCUUCAGCCAACGACCAAGCUGGCCAGAAAGCUUUAAUGUCGUCACCACUGUACCCCGCAGACAAGGCAUUCUGUGUACAGCUUUGGUACCACAUGUACGGUGAAGGGGUGGGGACGCUGAAUAUUUACCAACACAGUGAAGAUGGGAAGGAAGCUCUGAUUUUCUCAGAGACAGGAGACCAGGGCCGUCUGUGGAGGUUUGCUCAGGCUUCCCUCCUGCCACGCGUUCAACCAUACAGAAUUGUGGUGGAAGGUGUGAAGGCCGGCCCCUCGCUGGAGGGAGACAUGGCGUUCGAUGACGUACAGCUCACAGAUGCUCGGUGUCCCGCUCACGGAGUGUGUGACUUUGAGAUCUCCCUCUGUAGCUGGAGCAACUUGGGUGGAGGUGUUGACCAGGGAGACUGGCUCCGUGCUGAAGGGGCCUCUCCUAACCCCAACACGGGCCCCAGUGUUGACCACACUACUAACUCUAGUCAUGGUCACUAUGUUUAUGUGGACAGCUCAGUGGGUGAGUGGGGCGACAUGUCCUUCCUGAUCAGCGACGUAUUCCAGCCUUCUUUCAGAGGGCACUGUCUCACUUUCUGGUACCACAUGUAUGGCAGCCAUGUUGGGACUCUUAAGCUCCACAUUAACGACAGGAAAAUGCACGCAGGUGGUGAUGAGGAGGGACUCCUGAAGUGGAUUGAAAACGGAAAUAAGGGAGACCAAUGGCAGCAAGCCCGUGUACCAAUUAAACAUGAGGAAGCAUUCUGGUUCGUGUUUGUGUAUCAGAGAGGGAUGAAUACAGAAGGUGACGUUGCCCUUGAUGAUAUCAGCAUCCUCCCUAAUGAAUGCUACUCAGACCCUGCCGUUAACUCUUCAGAUUCCCUGUCUGUCAGCCUUGCGGUUGGUCUGACUUUGCUGUCUGGAGUCAUCAUCUUCAUCGUCCUCUUCAUGUUGAACCGAAGACGUUUCAUAAUGAGCCAGCUGAUAAUCAUGAAUAAUGAAGAAACUGACCAGAACUCUGUCUUGGACCUCUCUGACUGCAGAAUAGAUAGCACAGAAAAUGGAUCCGAAUCAGAUUUCUCUUUCUUCAACAAACUUUACGAUCCAUCACCGGGUGCAUCCAACGACGCCUUUUCCUCAUCUGAUGCUUACGUGUACAUAAAGAAGGCAAGCCUGCCAAACCACGUGACCCAUGUUCCACUGGUCUGCGUCACAGCAAGAGCCAUCCCGGCGCGUUCACGACCGCGCAACACUUCACACGCACGCAGGUCCCGGAAGAGAGAAGACAGCAUCGAAAGAACAAUGGGAGUGCAAGUCGAUACCGUGAAACCCGGAGACGGGAAGAGCUUCCCGCAGAAAGGACAAACGGUCAGCGUGCACUACGUUGGGACGCUGACAAACGGGACAAAAUUUGACUCCUCCAGGGACAGAGGAAAACCCUUUGAAUUCAAACUGGGAGCCGGUGAAGUCAUCCGGGGUUGGGAUGAAGGUGUAGCUAAGAUGAGCCUCGGUCAGGUGGCCAAGUUGACCUGCUCGCCGGAUUACGCCUAUGGCAGCAAAGGAUACCCACCCACCAUUCCUGCCAACUCCACCCUCAUCUUUGAGGUGGAGCUCCUAAGAUUUGUGGGUUAAAACUGAAAGCUUCUACUUUGAUUUUUUUUCCCCCCCAUCCCACCCUGUCAAAACGUUUUGUUUAAAGGUUCUGUCGACAUGAAUUAAUAAUUUUAGAACAACACUCAAAUUUUGGUGUAAUUGAGGUAAAUUAAUUCUCACGAUCAGUUGAUGCAAAUGAUAACAUUAUCCUAAAGGGGAAAGAAUACCAUGUGGAUUUGGGGUACAUGCUGUUUAAUUUCUUGCUGGGAGUCAGAUUACUCUUCUGUAGAUCAAAAGCUUAGCAAAACAAAUGGAAGCUCAUGGAGAGGUUGUCAGUGAGAUAUCAUAACGAGCAAGAUUCAAUUUCAAAUCUAAAAAGUUUUGUGUCAUUUGACCUCACAUGUCUAGAAAGUAAGUUUAAUCGAAACCUGCUGUCCAGCAACACAGAUCAUGUGAUGUUGCCAGUCUCCACUGCUCAGUAUUUUGUGAGGCCUCAUGGUUCUGUGGCCAGACCUUCCUUCUGUACUGCCUGUAUACCUGUAAAGUUUGAGAAUGUAUCCUGUCUCGUUUUGAUGCCAGUGUGUGAACGCAAUAUUGAUCUUCAGGCAUUUCCAUGACAACACUGAGCCUGACAGUUGUGUGAACACAAACUAACAGCUGCUGGCCCCUCAUUUUUCCAGGUUCCGCUCCCUUAAUGGAUAUCAAUGGUAUUGAUCUCACCUGCCUUUCAUUAAGGAAUUGCACCCCCUCCAGAAAAUAUUGAAUCAUGAGAAUAUUUGGCAUGUUUGAAAGUACAGAAUUAAAGCACAUGCUGUUGAAUUUGGUCAACUGUUUACAAAAAAUGUGUCUAAUCAACUGAGCUUUUGCAUGCAGUGCAACUCUGACCAUUAGACUUUGAGGAUUAGUUUUUCAGUCGCUCUGCCACUUGCCUGUUAAUUUAUUCUAUUUGUGGAGUUAUAAAAACAGCAAUGAGGAAUGUUGGAACGACAGGAUCAGGGCACUAAAAACAUGUUCUCAGCGAAACUUCCAUUUGUUCACAAGUGUUCAUUCUAGUGUUUUUACAAGUGGUGUGGUAGUUAUUAGUAUUGAAAUGCUCAUGCAACACCUUUUAGUGAAAAACCCGUUUAUCCCUGCUGUAGAUGCAUUUAGGUCACACCCUUAAUGAGGCAAUGAAUAGAAAUCUGUAUAGAAAAUAUCAUGGCUUGCGAUUUCAUUGUUCACUUUUGUGUUGCCAUACAAAGUCUUAAGACCAACCUUUUGACACCUUUGUUCCUUAAACUGCUCUUUGGUCUUCGAUGUUUUUUGAGACCUGAAGUGUCCUUUUGUUUUGCAUAAUGAAAAACUUUUUCCUUCAAUCACUUUCCUAUGUCGGAAGCUUUUCUGUGGUUAUUGCAGUCAUACAUUAAAGCCAGAAUACUGGACAAAUCGCUGGUAUGUCAUGUCAUUUGUUACAA